AUGACAUCCAAGGAUGUGGCAAUAGGAAUGAUCUUCUUAACGCAAAGUGUAUUUGGAAUCCUUGGGAAUUUCUCUCUUCUUUACCAUUAUAUCUUCCUUCACUCCACGGGGAGCAGAUUAAGGUCCACAGAUCUGAUUAUUAAGCACCUGAUUGUAGCCAACUCUUUAGUCCUCCUCUCUAAAGGAGUCCCCCAGACAAUGGCAGCUUUUGGUUUGAAAGAUUUCUUCAAUGAUAUCAGAUGCAAACUUGUUUUCUAUCUUCAUAGAGUGGGUAGGGGUGUGUCCAUUGGCAGCACCUGCCUCUUGAGUAUCUUCCAGGCCAUCAUGAUCAGCCCCAGACACUCUAUAUGGGCAGAACUUAAAGUGAAAGCUCCCAAGCACAUUGGCUCCUGUAUUUUCUCGUGCUGGAUCCUGCAUAUGCUGGUAAAUAUAAUUUUUCCUAUGUAUGUGACUGGCAUAUGGAACAAAACAAACAUCACAAUGAAAAAGGAUUUGGGUGACUGUUCUGGGGUAAGUAAUAACAAAAUCACACUAUCACUAUAUGCAGCAUUGUUAUCAUUCCCUGAUGUUUUCUGUUUGGGGCUCAUGCUCUGGGCCAGUGCCAACAUGAUUUUAAUCCUGUACAGACACAAGCAGAAGGUCCAACACAUUCAUAGGACUGACAUCUCCCUCAGAUCGUCCCCUGAGUCCAGAGCUACCCAGAGCAUCCUUGUUCUGGUGAGCACCUUUGUAUCAUUUUACACUCUCUCCUCCAUCUUCCAAGUCUGUAUUACUCUUCUUAAUAAUCCCGGUCAGUUGUUAGUAAACAUCACUGCCUUAAUCAAUGGAUGCUUCCCAACCAUCAGCCCCUUUGUUCUCAUGCGUCACGGCUUCAGUGUAUACAGGCUGUGCUUUGUCUGGAUAAGGAAUACAAAAUCUCCUAAUCUUAUCACAAAUAUGUAA